AUGGAGAGAGUGGAUAAUUUGCAAAUGCUGAGAAAUUCAGAAGAGAAAAUUGGACAGGAGAACAGCAAGGGAACCAGACGUGAGAGUCGAAACUGCCGAAAAGUCUACCUAGUGGGCGGAUUUGUUCUCUUAGCUGGUGGCAUACUCUGCGUUCUCGUCGGUCUGUACGCGUCGAAGUUAAACCGCAACGUAAGGAAGCGCAACACGCAAUGCUCCGAAGCUCCUCUCAAUUUGUGUGAAUAUUCAGAUGAAGCGAAGAGAGUGAAGCUUCCGGAGUUUCUGAAUAAAGUCCACGAGGUUUAUUAUAAGUUAUACCCAGAGACGCACGCUUGGGAAAUUAACAUCUCUGAUGAAGAAGCUACAAACAAUGUGAGAGAAAGGUAGGUGUGUCAGUAUAUAAUAAUAUGCAAGUUUGCUAUGAUGUAUAAAUGUAUAAUUAGUAUUAAUGAAUAUAAGAUGAAAGAUAGAUAGACUGGUUUAUUAAGUCACUUUGCAGCAAUAAAACUGAAUUGCAUGACCUAUUUUAAAAUACCAUGUUGUUAUACUCCUAUUAAUUUAUUAAAAAUUUGAAAGGGAACUAAUUAUGAGAAUACAAUGCAUAAUAAAUCUCUCAAUUUUUGUAACAGGCACUGUAAAUUUUCUCUGUUUCCUACGAUUGCGUCUGAUCAUCUAAAUGACGGGAUUCCUGCGGAAGAAAGAUAG